UGGAACUCCUCAUGCAGCACAAACGCCAGGGCGGGCCGGGCUGGCAUCAAAUGGUUGAACGUAAUUCUACAGUAGCAGCAGAAGCUUGACGAGAUGCUCACCUUGAAGUUGAAGUUGAAACAGGCGCACUGGACAUUGAAAGCUUUGGGGUUGAAUUGAGGCUGGACGAUGUGCUCAACCCAUGGCAUCAAAGUGGUUUCAUUUAGUAGGCUUUGUCGCAGCCAUUUCAAUCCGACUGACAUUCAGUCUGAGCGGCGCCUCCAAGGUGUUGCAGCACCGAGUGGAAGUGGUGACUCCUACCAACAGCUUAAAGAGGCUUGCGGAAGCCCGAUGGUUGAUUGACAAUGGGAUGUCUCCUUAUGAAGGCUGGGCAUAUCAUGCAUCUCCUUGCUAUGUGUAUCUGCUGCAGCCUGUCAUUGGCGCCAUUCAGAGACAAGAUGCAAGAUUGUCAAAAAUCUCAGGCACCUUGCUCUGCAUCGCCGCUGAUCUUCUAGCAGCAGUCCUCCUUCAAGCUAUUGUUUUUAGAGCUUGCAAGCCAGGAAACUUCGAGUCAGCAUCGGGACAAGAUGUGCCAAGCUGUUCAGCUGUAGAAGCUCAUGGAGCAAAGCAGUUAGACUUGACCUCACCUGAAGAGAGGAAGAGCGCAUAUGUUCACGACGGCGCCAGCGGUGACGCCCCAUUUAAUGACUUGGCUGGAAUCUUAUAUCUAUUGAAUCCGUACACAAUAGCUGCUUGCAUUGGGGGCUCAACAGGUUCCAUUGACAAUUGUGCUGUCCUUCUGGCGUUGUAUGGCUCAGUAAAUGGGAGCAUCCCCCUAGCCACUUUUGGACUCGUCCUAGCCAGUCAUCUCACACUACAUCCAGCCCUGCUCAUUGUUCCAUGCUUCCUUCUCCUGCACCAAGGUCUGGAUCGACGAAAGCCUUGCCAACCACCGCCUGCCUCCGACACCAUAGACAUAGCUCCUCGUAACCAGAACGAGCCCCCUACUAAAAAGCGUCCCGCUAUGGUUGACAUCAGCACAUACAGAGAAUCCAGGACAGGCUCAGGCGUCAUUUUGUUAGCGGCCUUCUUCUCCAUCGGGUUAGGUUUUUGGACAGUUGCUCUGCUGGCUCUCUGCAAGGUCCUGCUCGGAGAGCGGGGGUCUCUGCUACAAAUGUGGAAAGCUACCCACGGCUUCAUCCUGGCCGCUGAUGACCUCACUCCGAACAUCGGCCUGUUCUGGUACUUCUUCGCAGAGGUCUUCGACCACUUCCGCACCUUCUUCCUCUUCGUUUUCCACUACCUGGUCCUGGUCAUCAUGCUCCCCCCCCUCACCAUCCGAUUCCACCACCGGCCCCUCUUCCUCGCUUACGUCAUCCUCGGCCUGACGUCCAUCUUCAAAUCGUACCCGUCCGUUUCGGACGCAGCCCUCUACCUGGGGCUGCUCCCCGCUUUCGCCCGGGAGCUGCGGCAGAUGCGUUUCGUGUUUGUCGGUGUGAACGGGCUCCUGGUGGCUAGCGUCAUCGGGCCGGUCAUGUACAACCUGUGGAUCUGGAAGAACGUGGGGAACGCGAACUUCUUCUAUGCCAUGACGCUCGUCUACGCAUGCGCGCAGGCGGUGUUGCUCAUCCAAAGUACAGCGGCGGUACUGCAGUAUGAUAAAUCCAGAAACAGCCCUCAGGACUUGUCAACGUGAUCGAGAAGCUGGCCACUGAGCCUCGUUUGAUAGGCACGCUUCCCACAAUCCGCAGCUUCUCAAUUGCCACUGAGCCGAGCGUACGUUCUUGGCGACUAAAGCGCUGUAGAUUCUCACAAACGUGUUGAUUGAUGGUGUCGGGGACUUUGUCGAAGCUUUUCGUCCAUUAAAUGUUUGCGGCACGCCUGUGAGCUAUACGUGCUCAGAAUGUU